AGGGAGAGAGAGAGAGAGAGAGAGAUGAGGGAUGCAGGAAGUGAUGAGUUUUCUGGUGAUGGGGAAAUACAGGAGCAGCAGAAGCAGAGGUGGUAUUCAUCAUCUGCAUCAAAGUUGGUGCUACCUCAACUGUGUUUAAAUCACGUGUCGUUUGUUUGCAAGUCGGUUAGCAAAUCAGUGAGGUUCUACGAGGAUGUCUUAGGUUUUGUGCUCAUCCAACGCCCUUCUUCCUUCAAGUUUGAGGGAGCUUGGCUGUUCAACCAUGGAGUGGGAAUUCAUCUGCUGGAGUCGGAUACCAUCAAUGCCGCGGAAAAGAAAUGCAGAAAGAUAAACCCAAAGGACAACCACAUCUCGUUCCAGUGCUCAGACAUGGCGGUGGUGGUGCAGAAACUGGAGGAGAUGAAGGUAGAGUACGUGACGGCGCAGGUAGAAGAAGGCGGAGUUACAGUUGAUCAGCUCUUCUUCCAUGACCCUGAUGGCUACAUGCUUGAAAUUUGCAACUGUCAUAAUCUUCCAGUCCUUCCCAUCUCCUCCUCAUGCCCUCUCAACCUAAUCACCAACACCAACCCAAACCAUGCAUCGUCGUCUUCGUCAUCAUCGUCGUCCUUCUACGGGAAGCGAAGUUCGGAGAAACCGUGUUCUGGAGAAGCAGCAACGCUAAUGAUGGAGAGUUUGGUGAUGGAUGUGAUGAACAUUUCCAUGUGAUCGAGAUUUUUGUUUCCGAAUUGAUGCAACUUUAUACGGCGGAUAUUGCGAAAUUGUUGAAUGUAGUGUGUGAAGAGGAUGGCUACCGACCUAAGCUUAAGUGAAAUAGGCCAGAAGAGUGUGAACCUUUUCUAGUACCUAAGUUCGAUAGUUUGAUGAAUUAUUGUCAGAUAUUGGCCAAUUGUACGAUGCGAUGAUUACGCUUUUACUAUAAAUAAAAGGGUGUGAUAUUCACAUA